AUGGAUUAAGAUGCUCAAUUAUUAGAAUAUUAAGUCAAAAAAUAGAAUCAGAAAGAUUAAGACCAAGAAUCAUCAUCUUCAAAAUCACCUUCUAAUAGUAACGAUGAUUGGCAUGACUAGCAAGUUCAACAAAAUAACGCUAAUCUACCUGACAAACCAUUAUCGAGUUCUAUCAAUACCAUUCAAAAUAAUAAUAAUUAAAGUUGGAUCACUUAAGAAUAGCAUAUUAUUGAUUCAGCUUCAAAUGAUGACUCUUUUAAAGACUUAAGAAAUAUAGAUAAGAAUGAAAAGCAAUCCUUAUUAGAUAAAAGCCAUCGAAGUUAAAAUCACAGAGAUCUCGAUCAGAAUUUCCCUUCUUCAUCAGAUUCAGCUUUUGAUUCCUCUUCCUAGCAUUCUGCAGAUGAUCGCAACAGCAAUCACAGAAAUGGAGGAGAUAAUAGCCGGGCAGAUGAUGGAUUUGUAAUGAAAAACGGCUGCUAUAUUAGAAAGAGUAAGCGACAAGAAUUGAAGGAGAGGCUGCACAAGGAUGGUAAGUACUCAAAUAAAAGACAAAGAAUGCUUGAUUCUGAUGAUGAAGAUCUAACUAUGCAUAAUCAAUAUGACAAUUGGUUAAAAAAUAAAAAUGAAUUAGCAUCUGUUGUUUGCCAGUUAUUAUCAUCUAUGGGAAAAGAUUAGGAAACAUUUGAUUCUCAAUUACUUGGAUUCGGUUUUCCAAUGAGACAUUCUAGCUAUAUACUUGGUGGGGCAAGGAAAUGGGUUGCAGAGGAAGAAUAUAAAUAGAAAAGACCGAGGCAUAAUGAUUAAAAACAGAAGUCUAACCAACCCCAAAUGAAUUUUGAUAAGUUAAUUCAAGAUGCUAUCGAUCUAAUUUCAUCAAAGGAUCCGAAAGGAUUAGAUGAUUAUGAUGAAAUACUUGGGAUUAUUAACAAUGAGGUGGACUUCAUUUAAGAAUGCGCUAAUAAGCUUGAAUCAUAGAUUGAGAGAGAGGAUAAAAUAUUAAUCAAGACAAAGCAGGAAUCUGGGAGUCUAAUCUAAAAGGCUAAUUAGAGACAUGAAGUAGCUUUUGAUUAAUUAACAUAACUUGAAGGACUUAUGUUUUAAUCUCAGAAAACAAUAGCAAUAUCGGAUAAAUUGAAGCAACUUGAAUAGCAAAAGAAAUCCUGGCAAGAUGGUAUCAGAUAUUCUUAGAACUAUCUAAGAUUCAGUGAUGAGAAAUUGCUUUCCUUCAUUGAAUAAGAUUUUCUAAAAGAUAUAUAUAAUCUUCAAAAUGCUAACACUCUAACUGUUCUAAAUCAGGUCAUGAGUUAGAUUGCUUUGGAAGGAAAUACAAAAACUCCUCAAAAUUCAGAGGCCAUCACUCAUUUAUACUAAUAGUAUUUAGAGAAAACCAACUAGGAGUUCUAUCAAAAUUUGCAGUCUAAUGACAGAGCAAAACUUUAAAUGAUUUUCAAAGUAUUCGAGGAACUAGAUCAAAAGGAGUAAUCAUUAAGCACUUAUCUAGAUUUCAUGUGCUCAUAGGCUAUAUAAAUCAAAAGUGUCAGUUCAACUAAAGAUAAGGAGUCCUUUAAGUAGUAUCACUAGGCUUUAAAUGAAGAUAUAACACAGGUAUUUUUGGAUGAAAUGAAUUCAUCCAAUGGAAGAAUUAUAGAAGUAUUUGGAGGAGAGCUAUGGUUCAGAAUCUGUCAGGACCUACUGAAUAAGUUCUUCAAAAAUAAUUACAAGAAGUUUAUUCAAGAGUCAUUAGAUACAGAGGGGAAGAGCAAGUAAUACUUUUUGGAGAUGCUAGAAUAAGUCAUUGAAGAUACUAGAUCACUGCUUUAAAACUUAAAAGUUAAAAUAUUUGAUGAAUUUCACUUAGACUUCCAUUCGGAGCUAGAAUAGAUUUCUACAAAUUUAUUCAUAGAUUAUCAAAGACUCUAUCACAAAAAAGAAAUGGCUUUAGUUGAUAAGGCAUCAACAAACUUUUAUCAAAAAGCUAUUGAAAAAAUUAUAUCAGCUGCAAAUACUGUAGAUGAGCAUUAAAAACAGGGAGGCUAACUCAUACAAUGGUUUAUGAACAAGCCAAAGUUGAUAGCGAUCUAUAAAGAACUUGAUCUGUCAAAGAUAGAGGACUAAUUUAUAUUUUUUAGCAAGGCUAUUGAUAGAAGUAUAAAGAUUUCACUUCCUUAGUAAUUGAUCCUUAACCUUUAUGACUUAGCAGUUAAUUAUUUGAAAGGCUUUAAAGAGAGAUAUAUGGAUAGAAUAAUAGAAUAUUUAGAGCAGGAACUUCCUAACAGUGAUAAUCGAGUUGAACCUCUUUAUCUUGAGAUUAUCUUCAAGCUUUAGCUUGUUUAUCAAUCAUUUCAAAGUUAUUUUGAAAGAGUCCUCCCUUUUUUACAGGCAGAUAAAUCGUACUUGCAUGCUCUGGAAUCGAUGAAGGGUGAAAUGAUAAAUGAAAUGUCGAGUAGCAUUUAGCUAUACAAUGAGAAGAUAGUGAAUAACAUCAUUAAGCAACUAUCUGAUAUUUUGAAUAAGAGUUAGAAGAAAAAUGAUUAUAACAUUAAGAAGAAGUUAAAUGAUGAGAUUAAAACCACAUAAACUAGCACUGAUGUUAUAAGCUACAUUAAACCAUUUUUCUAGGUGUUAUUUAAUCAAAAGUAUCAUGAGAAAAAUAGAAUGAGAUUGCUAUAUAACAUGAUUGACAGGAUUGUCUAGAUAUUUACUGCUCAUUACCAAAAGUUUGUUAUUUCAUAAGAAGGAGCUAUAUUACUGUCUGGAGAUAUAAACAGAUAUAAUGAGCUUUUCUUGCAAGUUGAGGCUGAUGAAAUUAUCAAGAAAUAUGAAAGUUUUAAGCUUUUGAUAAACCUAUAUUUACUUAAUCCAGAGUCUUUGGAAUAAUAUAUAAAAGAGCAUUUGAUGCAGAUUACUGACAGAGAAACAAUAGUUGGCUAUUUAAGCAAAAGAACUGACUAUAAGUCAAGCAAAAUUGAUGAAAUUAUUAACAAUAUAUUCUGA